GCUCCCAGUGCGUGUGACCCUCGAUACGCGUCAGAACUUGUUCCCCCCCACACACCUACACAUGUAAUCAUCUCCUCUGCUGUAACCCUCUUUAUAUAUCCGCUUGUGCAAGCACAAACAACGCAAAUUGACGUGGCCCAUUGAGCUCUCCACAUUUCUUAUAGUUUGCUUAUAUUGACCUACACACAUCUAUAUACUUGUGCACCAUACACUUCUGAGGAUAUCCAGUUACCGCGUUUUGUGACGUCUUCAUUUUUUGUUCUCCGCAAGUCAGUUCUCGAGUUUCGCAGUUACUUUUGCGCUUGUACAGCUCUUCCGUUUCGCUUCCUUUUUCUCUGUGGUCACCUAAUACUGCUGCUGUCGCUCUUCUCUUUUUUUUUAGUUACUUCUCUCUUUCCUGUGGAAACUCCUCCAAAAGCAAACAUCCUUCGCAUCUUCACGUCAAGCCGCCACUGCGUGGUAGUGUCACUUUUUGGAAUUCAAAGUGAGCCAUUCAUAUUACUGUUAUUGUUUUUCCCCUGAUAACUACCGCAAGUAGAAAGUGCGAAAGAAGCGAAGGGAAUUGCGCUACAGGUCCUCUUUUUUUUUCUUCUCUUUCUUGUUUAUAUUUCGUCUCUUCGAUAUGUCUGGCGAAAUGAAAAUUUUGAAGCCCAAGACGGUGCUUGACGACCGCCCUGACGAGGUCCGCAAGCCGGUCAAGUUGAUUCUCCUGGGCGAUAGCGCCGUCGGUAAAUCGAAGCUGGUGGAGCGGUUCCUCAUGCAGCGCUACGUGCCAGUGCAGAUGUCCACCUACGCCCUCACGCUCUACCGCUACGACUUCAUCGCGGAUGAUAAUGAGGAGGUCGAUGUGGAUAUUUGGGACACGGCAGGGCAGGAACGCUUUGCCACGGUGCACCCCAGCUACUACCACGAGGCCCACGCCUGCAUUCUCGUCUUCGACAGCACCCGGAAGGCCACCUACAAGAAUUUAGAAAAGUGGCUGGCAGAGAUGCGCAACUACCGCGAGCACAUCCCGUGCAUCGUCGCGUGCAACAAAAUCGAUGUCGAUCCUACAGUGACGAGCAAGAGUUUUGCCUUCGCGACCAAGUACAAUUUUCCGUUGUACUACGUCUCGGCGGCAGAUGGCACGAAUGUGGUGCAGCUGUUCGAAAGUGCCAUCUCGACAGCGGCCGCCUACAAGAAGAAUCCGUCCAAGGAUGAUUACAUGGCGCACAUCAUCGAUAUGCUGAAGGAUGACAAGAGCAAGCCGGUGCCUGCAUCGUCGUGA